GGAGAUCAGAGAGAUAAAAAUAGAAUGGAAUAAGUUCAUCUAGGGUUCCUUAACUUGUCAACAAAUCCGAUUUUCGUCCCUCAAUCGAAAAACUAGACACAACGGGUCCCUCAACUAUCAAAACCGGUGCAGAUGAGGUCCCUUGGCGGUUUUGAGGGUGGUUUUGGCUGACGUGGCUAAUUUGACUCGAUCUUCAUCUUACAUGGCACUGACAUGACGCUUAAGUGGCAAUUUGAUCCGAAAAAAUAAUAAAACCAGUGGGAACUACAUGUCAGUUCCACACACAAAAUAAUAAAAAAAGAGGGCCCACAUAUCAUUCUCACCCCUCUUCUUCCUCUUCUCUCCCCUUCUCCCUCUCCAUCUCUCUCCCCUAUCCUCUCUCUAGGCGCGACGGAGAGGCAGUGGCGCACGGCGGCCGGCGGGAGAGGAGGGAGCGGCACGGCGGCGGAGGCAUGGCUCCGGCGGCUGUGGGCGGAAGAGGAAGGGGAUGUGGAGCUUCUUUUCUCUCUCUCGGUCUCUCCCCUCUCCACGCCAUUGAUCUCUCCCUCUCCUACUUACCGCAGCCAUGGCGGAGGACGCCCCAGCAACGUCGCUGCCGCCGCCGCCGAGGGGAGCCAGCACGCGUCGGCUGUCGCGGAGGGAGGCUCCGCCGCCGCUCCCGCGGCACUAGCCACCAAGGCCGCGGAGGCGCUGCUCCCGUCGCUCAGCAUCUGGCCGCUGUCGCAGACAUUGAUUUGAUUCCAAGAUUUUUUUUUUUGAGCAAGGGUCAAGACCCCCAUUUCUUUUACUAGAAAUGAUCAUACCAGUACAGGUUCAGCCAAAAGCGGCAAGCGAUUUGAUUCGAAGAUAGUAUCAGCUUAGCUAGCAGUGGCUAGCUAGCCAUGAGUAGUAGUGGCAAGGAGAAGAAGCAGAUGGACCGGUUCAUCGUGAUCCCCUUCUCCUCCACCUGCCAAAUGCUCCAGCGUGGACGUCGUUGAUGACAGCGGCAAGAGCGGCAAGAAGCCCCAAGGUUCGUCGUUUGGAGUCUUGGAUGCUUGUUCUUCACUUCUGCUCGAUCUUGUCGAUUGGUUUUUGCGGGGUGAUUUAGGAGUUUGGUGUUAGUGAUGCUGUGUGCGUGUCUAGGCGGCGGCAGUGGCGAGGGCGGCGGCGCGGCGGAGAACAAACCCAAGGGGGAGUCGCUGGUGGCGAGGCUUCUCCACCACUGCCAGCACAUGGCGCACAUCGGCUGGGACGGCAGCACCAGCACCACCACCAGCCUCCGCUCCUGGAACCACGCCGCGCCGCCGUACGUCGUCGUCCUCCUCCUCCACCACCGCGUCCACCUCGUUAGCCUUGGCGGCGCCGGCGACAUCAAGAAGGAGUCGGCACCGACGGGGCCUGGGUUGUGCAGCUCCUGUCCUGCCGUCUGUCGUAGCCAGGGCCAACUCCGGCCGUCCCUUCCUCUUCCGCCCACAGCUGCCGGAGCCGUGCCUCCGCCGCCGCGCCGCUCCCUCCUCUCCCGUCGGCCGCCGUGCGCCGCUGCCUCUCCGUCGCGCCUGGAGAGGGGAUAGGGGAGAGAGAUGAAGAGAGGGAGAUAGAGGGAGAGGAGGAAGAAGAGGGGGUGACAAUGACAAUGACAUGUGGGGCCCACCAUUUUUUUUAUUAAUUUAUGUGUGAAACU